AUGAGCUUUACAAUCCAUGUCACAUGGAGAGGUCGCACAUUGACGAUUUCUCUUCCCAUUGCCGAUCCAACGCUCAACGAACUGGGCGAAGAGAUAGAAAAGCAGCACGGCGCUUCCUUUGAGACUCUUAAGCUCUUGGUCCCUGGACAGAAGUGUCAAAUUGCUCCUGCACGACAACGCGCGCAGGCUGCCUCGGAAGCAGGCCUCAGCAAUGGCUGCAGAGUGUUGCUUCUGGCUAGCAGCGCGGAAGAGAUCACGCGGGUUCGUGCGGCCCACGACCUGCCGGGCAUGCGCUCCUUCGAUGAUGAACUCAAGCGCGCAGCUCGCAGACGGCGGACAGUCCGCAGCGACUUGAACCCGCAGCCCCCCAGGGCCGAGUACACUUUCAGCUCAUACGAGACCUGGCAGCGUCCCGGGCUGCAGCCGCCCCCAGCCGAGGCCCUCAAGCUGCUGUACAGGCUGGCCAGCGACCCGGGCGUGAUGGGCGUGAUGACGGCACACCAGUACAGAGUGGGACUGCUAAGUGAGAUGCCACCGGAGGGCAAGGUGGGGGUGUCGCCGGUGUGCAUUCUGGGUGUCAACAUCAACGCAGGACAGGAAAUUAGCCUGCGGCUGCGUACGGAUGAUCUCAAGGGGUUUCGGAAGUACGAGCGCAUUCGCGAGACGCUGAUUCACGAGUUGGCGCACAUGGAAUACGGCGAGCACGACAACGACUUCAAACGGCUGAAUUCGGAGCUGGGCCGGGAGUGCGCGGCGAUUAACGCCAGGUACGCCAGCGGAGGAGGCCACUUAUUGCUGUCAACAGCAACAGCAACAGGACGCAGUCAACGCGAGGGCGCCGGCAUCCAUGAACGUCCUUUCCAUGGGAGGGAGCUGGACGAUCCUGCGCUGCUGCUGGAAGACGGGACUGCCGCUGCGGUCAUGGCGGCUACGGCGCGGCUUAGCGGAAAGACACUGCGGCAGCUUGCAGCUAUGGGGAGUAACGGACCAGUCCAGGGUGUGUUGCCGAGUGGCGGCGGUGCUAGUGGUGGUGGGGAGGGUGGUGGACCAGCCGGGGUCUGGGAUGGUGGCAGAAGCAUCAGCAGAGGCGGUGGAGAGGGGACUGAUGGUGGUGGGAGGGGCAGUAGCUCUGAAGGCAGUGGCGGCGGCGGCGGGGGAGAUGACGAUGCCAGUGCCCAUGCCGAUGGAGAUGGAGACGAUCCAGUACGGCAGUUUGAGCAUUACGAUGCGGCGACGGAGCGUGCCGAGGCGGCGGCGCAGCGGCUGGGCAGCGUGGACGAGCCGCCGCCGCCGCCGCCGCCGCCGACGACGACGACGACGACGACGACGGGGUUGCAGCAGGGCGCUGGCAACGGCGCCGGUGAUGGCGGUGACGGUUGCAGCGAAGAAGCGAGGGCAGUGACCGGCAGGUCACGAGUCGUAAUCCAGCCGCAGCCGUCGCCGUCACCGCCACCGACGCCGGCGGUCACGCCCUUGGCAGCGUCGACUAGCCUGCCUACACAGUCCAGAGCAGCAACACCACCAACACCAUCGACAACAAUGCUGAUAACGGCAGUAACCUCAGUGGGAGCGCCGUCGGCCAUGUCGGCCAGGGAACAGGCUCGUGACGAGGUGGCGGCGCCGCCGCAUGAUCCCGUCAUGAUGGACCUCGGCGAAGACGCGGAUGGGAGACUAGGCAAGAAUUUAGCUCCAAACAUGGACCAGGGGCUGGGCUCGCGGGUGGUGGAAAGCGACGUUGCGACGUCGGCAGCAGCGACGGCAGUAGCAACAGGACUGACGGCAGGAGCAACGGCAGCGGAGGUCCCGGUGGUGGAGGACGUGGAGGGUAAUAAUAGCGAUCUGAAGCCUGGUGGUGAAGAUGGAGGCGUCCAGCUCUCGCUAUCGCUGCCAGCUGCACUGACGGCGGUGGCGCAGCCGCCGCCAACGACGUUCCUGACGCCCUCGCCAUCUGUGCGCUUGAGCUUGCGGGCUCCGGAGGAGCUGUCGGUAGGUGGUCGUGGCGGCGGCGGCGGCGGGGGUGAUGAUGGUGAUGGCGGCGGCGGCGGCGGCUCUGACGCCGACAGCGGAGUCGCGGCGGCGGCGCAGGCCAAGCUGCGUCAGGCGUGGAACGCACUGGUGCAGAUGGGAUCGGCUGCGGGAGGAGGCACACCGUACAGUGUCGUACAAACGACUCCUGAUUCAUUACCCGUCGCCGCCGUCACCGCCGAGGAUGUCGCCAGCGCAUUGGAUACGUUGGAAACGAUGCUUGGUAAUGCCGUACACUUUCCAGCCGAAGACCGCUACCGCCGUGUGCGGCUGAGCAACGCGGCGUUUCAGCGACGUGUGGGCCGGUUGCCAGGCGGCGUGGAGUUGCUGCGUGUUGCGGGUUUCGUUGAGGAGGGUUCGGGGCCGGAUGCGGUGCUGCGGCUGCGCCGUAACGACCCCGGGUUGCUAUGGCUGGUGCUGUCGGCCGUCCGGGAGGCAAGAGAGCAGGUUGCCGUGCAGAUGCACACGGCUGGGGGACACCUGGCUUAG